UGCUGUUUAUUUGCAGCUGGGCCAAGUCGGCGGCGCAGGAGGCGGCGGAGCGCAGGGCGCCCGCAGCGGGUCCAGCUGCCGCCGCACCGUGCCCGAGCGCCCCUUCGGGCAGCCGCCGCGCGCCGCCGGAGCCCCGGCAGGGGAGGAUGCCAGCCGCCCGGGCGAGGCCAGGGCAGCGGCGGUGGCGGUGGCGGUGCGAUGGUAGUGACCGCGUCUGCCCGCGGCAGCGGCAGCGGAGGCGGCUGGGACCGCGCGCCCUCCCGGCGGCCAGGCUGUGGGCUCACGCGGGCCGGGGCCGCGGCGCUGCUGGUCGGGGCGAGCUGCCUGUGCUACGGCCGCUCCCUGCAGGGCGAGUUCGUGCACGACGACGUGUGGGCAAUCGUCAACAAUCCCGACGUGCGGCCAGGAGCCCCGCUCCGUGGAGGUGUCUUCUCCAACGACUUCUGGGGCAAGGGCAUGGCCGAGAACACCAGCCACAAGUCCUACCGGCCGCUGUGCGUCCUCACCUUCAAACUGAACAUACUUCUGACUGGCAUGAACCCCUUCUACUUCCAUGCAGUCAAUGUGAUUCUGCAUUGCCUUGUGACUGUUGUGCUGAUGUACACCUGCGACAAGACCGUCUUCAAGAGCCGGGGACUGGCUUUUGUCACGGCGCUGCUCUUUGCCGUCCAUCCUGUUCACACUGAGGCGGUGGCUGGAAUUGUGGGCAGAGCGGACGUGUUGGCGUGCCUGCUGUUCCUGCUGGCCUUUCUGUCCUACAAUAGGAGUCUGGAUCCGUGCUGUGCUGGUGGACGUUUCGCUCCCACGGCCUCGCCCUUCUUCCUCGUGCUCAGCCUGUUCCUGGGGACCUGCGCCAUGCUGGUGAAAGAGACUGGCCUCACAGUGUUUGGCGUGUGCUUGGUAUAUGACCUAUUCUCCAGCUCCCACAAGCAGGAGAAGCCGAGCAAUGGGAUCAUCCCGUCCCGCAGCCUCCUGCAUCCUGGGAGCACCCGGGCAGCCCACCCCCACCGGGAGAAUGGGAAGCAGCCCCAGCUCCCUCCUAAAGGCGCCUGGGGUGGCUGCCACUCCCCGCUCCCACCAGAACCCCAGAGCAGUGGAUUCCCUGGGUCACCACAAGCCGUGUGGUCCCUGAUGAGGUACCUGACAGCGAGCAACAAUAGAAAUUUCCUGCUUACCAUGAGACCGUUUUUGAAAAGGGCCGUUUUGGUCAUUAGUUAUGUCAUUGUCAUUUUGUACUUCCGUCUGUGGAUCAUGGGAGGAUCCAUGCCCCUGUUUUCCGAGCAGGAUAACCCAGCUUCAUUUUCGCCUUAUAUUCUCACAAGAUUCCUUACCUAUUCCUACCUCUUGGCCUUCAAUGUGUGGCUUAUGCUCGCACCUGUUACCUUGUGCUAUGACUGGCAAGUGGGCAGUAUUCCCCUGGUGGAGACCAUCUGGGACACGCGGAACCUAGCCACCCUUCUCCUGGCGGUGGUGAUGGCUUUGCUGACGCUGCACUGCUUAGCAGCCUUCAAGAGAUCGGAGCACGAGGAAGUCUUAGUGGGCUUGUUGUUCCUGGUCUUGCCGUUCAUUCCAGCCAGCAAUCUCUUCUUCAGGGUGGGUUUUGUGGUGGCCGAAAGAGUCCUUUACAUGCCUAGCAUGGGCUACUGCAUCCUUUUUGUGCACGGACUGAGCAAGCUGUGUACCUGGCUCAACCGAUGUGGGGCCACCACCAUGAUUGCGUCCACUGUGUUGCUGCUCUUGCUGUUCUCAUGGAAAACUGUGAAACAGAAUGAAAUUUGGCUGUCCAGAGAGUCCCUUUUCAGGUCUGGAGUUGAGACUUUACCCCACAAUGCCAAGGUUCACUACAACUAUGCCAACUUCCUGAAGGACCAAGGUCGGAACAAGGAAGCCAUCUACCACUACAGGACUGCCCUCAAGUUGUAUCCACGCCAUGCAAGUGCCCUGAACAACCUUGGGACCCUGACGAGGGACACGGCGGAGGCACAGAUGUACUACCAGAGGGCUCUGCAGCUGCACCCCCAGCACAACCGGGCUCUCUUUAACUUGGGCAAUCUGCUGAAGUCCCAGGAGAAGAAGGAGGAAGCCAUCCGCUUACUGAAGGACUCCAUCAAGUAUGGCCCCGAAUUUGCGGACGCGUAUUCAAGCCUGGCUUCUUUAUUGGCUGAGCAGGAGAGGUUUCACGAAGCUGAGGAAGUCUACCAGGCUGGGAUCAAGAACUGCCCGGACAGCUCAGACCUACACAACAACUACGGCGUGUUCCUGGUGGAUUCCGGCUCUCCGGAGAAGGCUGUGGCCCACUACCAGGAGGCGAUCAAACUCAGCCCAAGUCAUCACGUGGCCAUGGUGAACCUUGGGCGCCUCUACAGGUCGCUGGGGGAGAACAGCAUGGCGGAAGACUGGUACAAACGCGCCCUGCAGGUGGCACGCAAAGCCGAGAUCCUGUCCCCUCUGGGAGCGCUGUAUUACAACACCGGCCGCUACGAGGAGGCUCUGCAGGUUUAUGGGGAAGCUGCAGCCCUUCAGCCUUCUCAGAGGGAGCUCCGCCUGGCGCUGGCGCAGGUCUUGGCCGUGAUGGGUCAAACCAGGGAAGCUGAAAAGAUGACCACUCACAUCGUGGAAGAGGACAGAGGAUGCCUGGAAUGCUACCGCCUCCUGUCCGCCAUCUACAGCAAGCAGGAGCGCCACGCCCAGGCCCUGGACGCCAUUGACAAGGCGCUGCAGCUGCAACCAAAGGACCCCCACGUCGUCUCUGAACUCUUCUUCACCAAGGGCAACCAGCUGCGGGAGCAGAACCUGCUGGACAAAGCAUUCGAGAGCUAUAAGGCUGCAGUGGAAUUGAAUCCAGCUCAGGCGCAGGCCUGGAUGAACAUGGGCGGGAUCCAGCACAUCCAGGGAAGCUACGUGUCUGCACGCGGUUAUUACGAGAGAGCCCUGCAGCUGGUUCCAGACAGCAAGCUGCUGCAGGAGAACCUGGCCAAGCUGGACCGUCUAGAGAAACGCUUACAAGAGCUUCGAGACAAAGAUCACACGUAGUAGCAGCAGCCUGGGGUAGCACUGG